AUGCUGGAACCCCCUAGGGAGGCAGGGAGGCUAAAUGCCUACAAGGCGCCCAAGCUAGUGCAUGGCCCGUGGCGCGUGCAGUUUACCCUCUCAGGCGGGGAACCUCAGCUGCGGCGAGCCACGGUUUCUACGGCAACCAACAACACCGGGUUGCCGGGGCGACCGCCGCUAGGGAGCUCGUCGCUAAUUGCCGUGGCGGACGCCAGUCGAUGGACGCCACAUUCGAUUGGCUGCGAAAGGGCCUUAACCGUGAGUGGUUCCUGCGAGAGGUCUGGGAAGGAUGAAGAGCAGGAGGAAGAGGCGACGGCGGCCUAUGGACGUCUUGCAGAGGUCCCCGAGGCCAAGGAGGGUCCCGAGGCCGAUUCGGACUCCGACCUGGAGACGGAAGGCACCCAUGGGCUUGGAGAACUGAUCAGGGACACCCUCUACCUGAGGUCCUGCUGGAUCCAUAGCAUUGUGCCCAUCUUCUGCUUUCUGUGCCAAGGGAGCGCCCCAGAGCUGAACCUGCCGCAUGGUGGCCUGGGGCCCCAGGUGGGAAGCAGGGUACUUUCCAGGUCGGGGACCUCCAAUCUAUAUGUCAAGUAGCUGAAACUCUGGGACAAUGGGCUCUAUGAGGCAGGUACAGAGGCCCUGGCAGGUGCCCUGAGCAAAAGCAGCAGCAUCUGUGAUGUGGACCUGUUGGAGAACCAGCUGGGAGUGGCAGGAGCCCAGGCCCUCUGUGCCACCCUCACUGUGAAUCAGGCCAUGUGGAAGAUACAGAUGUCAGGGAAUGGCCUGGAGGAGGAGGUGGCCCAGUACCUUGCUGAACUCCUGCUGGCCCACACAGACCUGAAGUCCCUGGACCUGAGCUGUAACAAGCUGAAUGAGCAAGCAGGUGAAGUGCGCACAGGGAUCUACAGGCAGCUCUUCCACCCGGAGCAGCUGACCACUGACAAGGAAGAUGCAGCCGGUAAUUACUCCAGAGGCCAUUACACCAUCGGCAGAGACUUAGUCCUGGACCAGAUCCACAAACUGGCGGAUCUGUGCACCGGACUGCAGGGCUUCCUCAUCUUCCACAGCUUUGGGGGCGGCACUGGCUCUAGGUUCGUGCCUCUGCUCAUGGAGUGGCUCUCGGUGGACUACGGGAAGAAGUCCAAGCUAGAGUUUGCCAUUUCCCCAGCCCCCCAGGUCUCCACAGCCGUGGUGGAGCCCUACAGCUCCAUCCUGACCACCUACAUGACCCUGGAACAUUUUGACUCUACCUUCAUGGUCGACAGCAAAGCCACCUAUGACAUGUCGGUGCAACCUGAUCUCGUCCUUGUGGGAGACCUGGCCAAGGUGCAGUGGGUGGUGUGCAUGCUGAGCAACACCAUGGCCAUCGCGGAGGCCUGGGCCUGCCUGGAUCAUAAGUUCGGCCAAGUGCGCCUUAGUGCACUGUCAGAGGUCUUCCGGAAGCGAGCUGCCGCCCCCGCGGCUUUCGAGGCUCCCAGGACACCGCAGCUUUCCGCUCCCGGGCCGACCCGUACACUGGGGCCGCUCCAUCGUGCUGGGGUGUUUACGGAGAAGAGUGAGGCCUGA